AUGUCCUGGACAGGGUUCAAGAAGGGAUUGUCCCGCACCGGGACCACGCUGAUGCAAAAGACGGGUCAGGUCGAGCGAACCGUGGAUAGGGAAUUCGCGGAAGAAGAGACCAAGUACAAGACAUACGAGAAAGAAGUAGAGAAGCUCCAAAAGGAAGCAAAGGCGUAUCUGGACUCGAUGCGAGGCAAGCGGGUUGUGACAACCAUGGCAAGCUCUCAAGCUCGAAUCGCGGAGACAAUCGACAAGUUCUAUGGAUCUGCCGACCGCACCUCGGAUGGAGCAAUGGCUGCGAAUGCGUACAAGCGUUCUGUCGAUGAACUCGACUCUUCCCUCAGCAGAGAACUGGAUGCCCCUUACCGGACAUGCAUCCUGGAACCAUUGGGCAAGAUGAACGCAUACUUUCCCGUCAUCAACGAUACCAUUGCGAAGAGAAACAAAAAGAUGAUCGACUACGACUCGGCACGAAGUAAAGUGCGCAAACUGACAGAUAAGCCGACCGAAGAUCCUACAAAGCUGCCUGCGGCGCAAAAAGAGUAUGAAGACGCCAAGGAGGUCUACGAAUUUAUGAAUGAGCAACUUAUCGCAGAGCUCCCUCAGCUCUUGGAUCUCCGUGUUCCAUUCUUUGAUCCUAGCUUUGAGGCCAUGAUUCGUAUUCAGUGCAAGUUUGCCGAGGAAGGGUACGAGAAAAUGGGGGGAGUUCAGCGAUAUUUCCAGGACUCGAUCCGAAACGACUACGCAGCUGGUCAGCUCGAUGCCCAAGUGGAAGCUGUCUUGGAGGAAAUCAAGGAGCUAACCAUCUGCGCGACGCAUGGGUCGUAA